CCGCGGUGUUCCACUGCUGCUGGAGAGAGAAGCGCUGAAGGUUGGAGUGGUGGAGUGUUAUUUUAAACUUUUCCACAUCGGGCAACAAUCGCUGGAGAACUUCAGCGGCUGCAGCUCGAGGAUCAGAGACCGAUCCUCGCCUUUUACGAGUGCGAGGGCAGCAUGUGGACACUGGCCCCUCAGUUGGCUUUCAUCGGUUUAUACCUACAGGUAACCGCAUGCUACCCAUCAUGCACUUUGUAUGGCCUUGUAGCUGCUUGCUCCUCACAGGGGCACUACUGGGUUCCUGCUCUUCCUCCCAAUAUCACCCACCUGUACCUGGAAAUGAACUACAUCAGUGAGAUCAACAGCACCGCCCUCAGACCGUACGAGCAGCUGCAGGAAUUAGAUCUGGGCAUGCAGUCUGAGUCAGUGCAGCUCGUCAUCAGGAACAACGCUUUCUCCAAACAGAGAAAACUGAUCAGGUUGGUUCUAGGCAACAACAUUCACCUUCAGCUGGAGCCGAGGGCAUUCGUAGGACUGUUCAGGUUGCAGCAGCUGUUUUUGGAUCAUUGCACCUUGAAUGAAUCUAUCCUGGCUGACAACUACCUGCAGCCCCUUUUUUCCUUAGAAAUGCUUGAUCUAUUGGGGAACCAAAUAAAGCGACUCCAGCCUGGACUGUUCUUUUCAAGUCUCCGUAAGUUCACACAGUUAAACCUCAAAUUGAAUCCAAUCAAAAGAUUGUGUGAAGACGACCUUGUUGGCUUCAGGGGGAAAUACUUCACAAUCCUGAACCUGAAUUCCAACCACUUGGCUAAAAUGUAUGAAGGCGACUUUGACGAAGGAAGUUGUGGGAACCCUUUCAGAGAUAUGGCCUUCCAUACCCUAGACUUAUCCUCCAACGGCUUCAACGUCGACCAAACAAGACGAUUUUUCAAAGCGAUACAGGGGACUCUGAUCGCUCAUCUCAUAUUGUCUGGACACAUUGGUCGAGGCUUUUCAUAUGACAACUUACCUGAUCCAGAUGAAAGCACAUUCGAAGGCCUCUCGAAUAGCGCUGUUAACGUCUUUGAUCUGUCUAAAAACUUCAUAUUUGUUUUGCAGAGGGCUAUUUUCAGUCCUCUGAAGACUGUGGUAACCAUUGACAUUUCCAAAAACAAAAUCAAUCAGAUCCAGAGAAAUGCCUUCAAUGGUCUUCAGGGACAUUUAAGUAUUCUCAACCUUUCAUCCAACCUACUCGGAGAAAUAUAUUCCGACACCUUCGCCAAUCUGAAAAACCUAAGUGCGCUGGACUUGUCUUACAACCACAUUGGUGCAUUGGGACACCAAGCCUUCAGUGAUCUUCCUGAAUUACGUUGGUUAUUUCUGACGGGGAACUCAUUGCGAGACCUGGGUUCUCCAGCAUCAUUACCAAACUUAGAUUUUCUUCUUUUGGGUGACAACAAGUUGAAGUCAGUGCACAGUAUCGCUAACUUGGGUAUGAACAGCAUCCAUGUGGACAUUAGGGACAACAGAUUAACGAACUUGGAUGAUUUUUAUUCAAUAGUGACUGAUUUCAAGCGUCUCCAGAACUUUUUCUACAGCAGCAACUUUAUCAAGGGGUGCACACUAAGCAAGAAUAUUACAAUACCUUAUAAUAACACUUUGCGUGUGUUAGAUCUUAGUGACAGUUCCUUGCAGAUAAUUUGGGCACAGGGGAAAUGCCUUGACGUGUUUGAUCAUCUUAAUAAUCUUCUUGGUCUCAGUAUAAGCUCAAACUCGCUCACCGCACUCCCACAAGGGAUUUUCAGAGGCCUCAGUUCGAUCAUAGAACUAGACCUCUCAACUAAUUCCUUGACCUUCCUGCAGCCGGAUGUCUUUCCGGUCAGUCUGAACAAACUUGACCUCUCGAACAACUUCCUAGCCUUCCCGGAUCCUAUGACUUUUCAGUCUCUCCUCUUUCUCAACCUGGCAGAGAAUCGGUUCUAUUGUGAUUGUAAUCUGGAGAGCUUCCUGCAGUGGCUCAAUGUGACGAAUGUAACUCUCCUGAGCCCAGCCGAGGGUUUCAGAUGUGAGUUUCCAGCUGCUCUCCAUAACCUCCCACUGCUGGAUUAUGCCACCAUCGUAGAACCAUGUGAGAAAGACGAUGAAAUGGCCGUCCAAGAUCUUAAGUUUGCCCUGUUCAUCUUCUCUGCCCUCCUUAUUAUCACUGUCACCCUGAGUGGGGUCAUCUACGCUCGUCUCAGAGGGCACAUAUUUGUCAUCUACAAGAAGAUCGUCGGCAGGGUUCUUGAGGGCCCGAAACCGACGCCUACUGUCGAAGAGGUUCAGUACGACGUCUUCUUCUGCUUCAGCAACAGCGACUAUGGGUGGGUGGAGGCUGCUUUACUGAAAAAACUUGACAACCAGUUUUCAGAGGAGAACGUCUUCCACUGUUGUUUCGAGGUCAGAGACUUCCUGCCCGGUGAGGAUCACUUGUCAAACAUCAGAGAUGCCAUCUGGGGCAGCAGGAAGACCGUGUGCGUCAUCUCCAAGGAGUUCCUCAAAGAUGGCUGGUGCCUGGAGGCAUUUACCUUGGCCCAGACUCGGAUGGUGGAAGAGCUGACAAACGUCCUGAUUCUGCUGGUAAUAGGGAAGGUGGCUCACUACCAGCUGAUGAGGUACAAUGCGAUCAGAACAUUCAUUCAGAAGAGAGAGUACCUGACAUGGCCAGAGGACCCUCAGGACCUGGAGUGGUUUUAUGAGCGACUAAUCUCACAGAUCCUCCGAAACACCAAGAUGAAGAAGUUUGCAGAGGACAAACCUCAGCCUGCACGGCCGCAGCCUCAAACUGAGGCGAUCGAUCUGGAGGACAUCAGAGCUGUUGCCAUGUGAACUGAAAGAAACGAGACUGAAACCUUGCCGCAGUGUCAUCAGUAAACUAGUACCAGAAUGAGGGUGAAGAAAGAUUUUAAGCAUUUCAAGCAUUUGUUUUUACAAUUGUCUGUAAAGUUUUUUUUAUUAUUUAUUUGAAUGAGCCUUUAAAAAAUAAAAAAAA